AUGGGUGAAAAGUCUCCAUUACUCUAUGGCGAUAAAAGCCAAGCAUUGGCCAAGGAAGUCGAUGUGAAUGUAAUUGAAGAAUUCUGGAGCUUAUUGGCAAUGGCAUUACAAGUAUCACUUUCAACUUUUGCGCGUAUUGCUCUUAUCUCUGUCGACAGUGCAUUUCUCGGACAUCUUGGCACAUCAUCACUCGCUGCUGCAUCGUUAGCAUCAACUUGGACUAAUGUCCCACUAGCUGGUGUAUGGUCUGGAGCAACAGCACUUAUUACAUUAUGUGGACAAGCGUGGGGUGCUAACAAUGGUGAAUUAACUGGUAUCUGGCUGCAAAUUGGUCUUGUUGUUGUCUCAAUAUUGUCACUACCCGUUAUGAUAUGGUACUGGAGUAUUGGUUACAUGCUACAAUUAUCUACAAGUGACGUUGAAGUGAUUCAAUUAGGCGUUCGCUUUGCUCGCAUUCUAUCACUAAGUAUUUGGCCAUCACUUGUGUAUGCUUGUAUUCGUUUAUACUUUCAAUCGAUGGGUAUUAUGUCUCCAGUUACAAUUGUAGGUACACUCUCGAUUGGUGUAGCAAUUGCAGCAAAUUAUAUAUUAAUUUUCGGUGUCUGUGGCUGGGAAGGACUUGCAUUUGACGGUUCACCUAUGGCUACAGUUAUUGCAGCAUGGUUUCAGCCACUUUUUCUAAUUUCGUAUUUUAUUGUUUUUAAGAAAUUACAUUUGCAAGCAUGGGGUGGUUGGGAUUUUCGUACUUUUACCCAUGACCGCUUGAAGAUUUUUUUAAAUAUUGCUGGACCCGUGGCUGCUAAUAGUCUCGUGUCAAAUUUAGCCAAUUCAGCACUUACAUUAAUUGCUGCAAAGCUCGGAUCAGAAGUCAUAGCUGCAAAUGCUGUCAUAUCGGGACUUUGGUCAUUAUUAUGGGCACUUUUUUGGGGAUUUGGUUCAGCGACACAAAUUCGAGUGGCAAAUUAUUUAGGUGCAGGACGUCCUAAAGCUGCUCGAAUAUUAGGUUAUUUAGGAUUCAUAUGCACAGUUGUGACUGUAGCAAUGCUUGCGAUCAUCACGUUAUUUCUACGAGAAACUCUCUUUCGUUUGUAUACAAAUGAUAGUAUUCUCUUACAAUUGUGUAUGGUCGUUCAACCAAUUUUUAUUACAAGUUAUAUGAUUGAAUCAUUAGAAAUUCUUACGUUUUCUGUCCUUGCUGGAAUGGGAGAAGUUGCUAUCACUGCUUGGGUUAGUUCUCUUAGUGUUUGGUGUAUUGAGCUUCCUAUUGCAUACUUUGGUGGAAUUACAAUGAAUCUCGGAUUUUCAGCGUUAUGGUAUGGUGUUUGUACAAUGGAAUUGAUUAAACUUGGAAUCUUUUCGUUUGUUCUAUUACGAAUGAAUUGGACAGCAAUGGCUGAGCGAGCUAUGAAGAAUAUGGAAUCACUUGAUAAAAGUGAUACAAAAUCAUUGCAAUUUGCUAUGACUGAAGGUGGAAAUACACCUGGAAAUUUAGCACCAGUCGUACGAUCACCUGCAGCUCAACAACUCAUGACACCAUCCGGUCGACGUCAUCAAUGGGAUCAGAUUGAAGACGGUACGCUAUUACGUUCCCCCUUUUUUGGAAAAACACCUCGAUCGAAGACAUCGACUACUUAA